AUUGGGUGUUUGGUGGAUAUUCCCUUACAGAUUAAUUGGUGAACAUAUAGUGGAUAUGUUAAUACGAAAAUUUUGAUGCACAUAGUUGAAAUUAACUGUUGAUUAAUUCAUCUACUUAGAAUGUUACUGGGAGAGAUUUCACUUAUUUGUGGUUGACCAAGAGAAUUAGGUUUUUGUCCAUUGGUUGUGUCUAUAUAUUCCUAAGUGAGCGUUUGGACAUGAAAAAUGUGAAAUUUGAAAAAAAAGUAGUAUUAGGAAAAAAGUUGAGAAAUGGUAGUUAGAGAUCAGAGUUGUGUUUGGACAUGAAUACUUAAUUCAUUAGGUUUUUUUGCUGGAUAUUCCGUUACACAUUAAUUGGUGAACUUGGUGGCACUGUUAAUAUGAAAAUUUUGACGCGCAUAGUUGAAAUUAACUGCUGAUUUUAUUCAUCUACUUAGAAUUGUUUAGAUCGUAGAAAGGUUAAUGGGAAAGGUUUGGAUUAUAUGUGGUUGACUGACAAAAUUAGGUUGUUGUCCAUUCGUUGUGUUUAGAUAUUCCUAAGUGCGCGUUAGACAUAAAAAAAUGUGAAAUUUGAGAAAAAAGUACUCCCAAUUUAUGUGAUACUUUUUGCUUCCCGAGAUUUAAACCGCAUGAAUUUUGACCAAUAUUGAAGAUUGUAUUUUUUUGCCAAACUGAUAUGUGAAACGUUGCAACUUAUAGUUCUUUUCAUGUAGUUUUCAAAUAUAUUAACUUUAAUCUCAAAAUAUUGAGUUAAUCUAAUCCAAUUUAGCUUCAAACUUUAUUCAAAAUGACUCUUGAAAAGUGGAAAGUAUCACAUAAAUUGGGACGGAGGCAGUAGUACUAUUAGGAAAAAAGUUGAAAAAUGGUAUUUGGAAAUUAGAGUUGUGUUGGACAUGAAUUCAACUUGGAAAAAUGUUGAAUUUUUGUGAUGAUUUGGAGUGAAAAAUGUGAAAACAGGUAUUUGGAGUUUUUCGAAUUCCAGAAAAUUGUAACUAUUCUAUGUCCAAACAUGAUUCUGGAGUUGAAUUCUGGGAAAAAGUGAAAAUUAUCCAUGGCUAAAUGGGCCCUAAGUUUGUUGGCAGCUAGUUAUCUUAAAUUAUACUUUAUUGGUUUUGAAAGUGGAAUACUGCAUGUAUAAUUGGAGUUUCUUCUUAUUUAUGAAUGUUGAUGCAUUAAUGAUUAUAGGGGUACUGAUACUUUCUCUGCAUCAAUUGAUAGAGUAACCAACUAGUACAAAAAGAAAUCAUGGCUAACAUUAAGACUAAUAUGUACUUGAGAGUUGAGAUGAAUAGAAGAUGCUAUCAAAGUAAUUGAUUGUCCCAUGUUAGCUGUCACUUAUGUCUCGGUGGUCAAUGGUUCGACAUUAUCAAAGUACUUCGUCAUCGCUCCUGAAAUAGCAGGCAAUUGAAACAAAUAAACUUUGUUCAUUAUAGUGAAAUUUGGGGAUUGAUUUUGUGUGUAUUGUCAGCUAUCUAAAGUCCUCUUGGAUGAUUUUCAUUUGGUUCAUUUUGGUCUGAUGGCUUCACCUUGGUCUUAGUAGUUGUCUUCCACCAUCUUCUAAGUUGCUUUGAUUACCAAGUACAAGUUUGUGUUUAUAGAGGUGAGGAUUUUCACCAUCAUGGUCUUAGAUCAAAAGGCUUAUCGACCACCCAAUUCAGUGGCGGAGCCAAGAUUUUUAGUUUAUGGGUUUAGGAUCAUAAUCCUUUUUACUUACUGAGUUUUGGAUAGAUUAUUUAUACAUAUUAAAUGAACACUUUAAUACAAAUACAGGAAUUGAGCCAAAGCUAUUGGGUUUUGCCGAAGUCAGAGCUUUAAUGGUGGCUCCGCCCCUGACCCCAUUAUAAUAAAUAUCUCGUUAGUUUUAGUUUCUAAAAUGUCAUUAGUCACUGAUUAUUAACUCUUAACCCAUUUUCUCAAAAAUUUCAGCCUCUUGUGGUAUAUAUAAAUUUAAUCUUUACAAUUUAUUGGUUUCUUAUAGUAAUUCACAUAUAUUCAUUAGUUUUCGUUUCUAAAAUGUCUUUAGUCAAUGAUUAUUAACUCUAAUUCAUUUUCUCAAAAAUCUCAGCUUCUUGUCGCUAAACACUCCCUUAUAUUUCAGGUUAUGGCACCUAAUAAGCGACGAAAGCAAGUUGUUGAUGAUGGAGAUGAUGAAGACUACUUAAUCGGGGUGCAAAAGGCUUUGGAUUAUGCUUUUGGAGUAACAGAAGAACUAUAUGAAAUGCGAUGUCCAUGUGUCAAAUGUUGUUACACAACUUUAGGAACACGUGAAACAAUCGAGUCACAUUUGAAAGUAUAUGGAAUAAUUCAAAAUUAUACUUUAGGGGUGUCUGGAAAUGAUUCACCAGGUGCUACAGGGAACGGACAAGGGAGAGGGCAAGGGGUUAGAUCUAUGUGCUCUUUAGGGGUGUCUGGAAAUGAGGUGGGAUCCUUCCAUCAGAAUUCACUUUAUUCUGGUCAAGGUAUGCCAGCACCUUGUAAUAGUACAAGUUCAGAUGCAACGAUAUCUGAUUAUUCUGGUCCAAGUAUUCCAUCAAAUUCUAAUGGUACAAGAUCAGAUCCCACCAUAUCUACUGGUCAAGGAAUGCAAAGAACAAAUAGAAAACCCUUGGUUCAUGACAAAGAGCAAAUGCAAAUUGAUAUUCCAUCGUCUCCAUCUACUGAUCAAGUUAUGCAAUACACCCAAACUGUUGACACAAGUUCAUGUACUACUAGAAAGGUAAAAAGAGUUCGAGGAAGGAACAAAUGCAAAGAAGUUGCAUCACUUCAAGCUGGGGAGAAGCUGAAAGUAACAUUUUAUAAUAAUCGAACUGUUGGGAAGAAUAGCAGUAUAUUUUCCAGACACUUGGGAAAAUUAGUUCGUGACCAAAGUAUGUGUCCUUUAGGAGUAUCAUCGUGGGAUGACAUUGAGGAAGAAAAGUUAAAUCACAUGUGGGCAGCUGUUGAGGAUAAAUUUGAGAGUGAUGAUAUGGAUACUCAUCGCGAUCACAUCUUGGGAUGGAUGAAAGAAUUAUGGAACAAAUGGAGAGGACAAUUACAUGGAAAGUAUGUGAAAGGCAAGCCUAUCCAAGAGGCUCUUAAGAAUAUACCAAAAGGCGUAGACAAGAAACAAUGGGAGUGGUUGGUAAAAGAACAUUUUUCUACAGAAACUUUUCAGGCGAGAAGCAACAGGAACGCAGCAAACAGAGCUAAGUUGAAGAUGUUUCAUCGUAUUGGUAGCAAGCCUAUUCGAGAGGUUAUUUAUCAAAAGGGGGGAAAACAUGGCAACCCACCAGAUUUGGCAACUGUUUUCUUUGAGACUCGCAAGAAGGAUAACAAGCUUGUUGAAUCUGAGGCAAUUGAAAAACACGCUCAAAUCCAAGAAUUGGUGCAGUCCGAACCAUCUCUUCCUAGCAUAGAGAUAGUGGAAAAAUGCUUUGGACCUCAAAUUCGUAGCCAUGUAUUUGGCUUUGGGGGUGGAGUAAAAGCGAAAGAUUUGAAAGGUGCCCCAUCCUCAAAGGCUGAAUUACUAUCUGAGUUACGUUCAACCCGAGAGGAAAACCAAUCUUUGAUUGAUCGCUUGUCUGCCUUAGAAAAUGAGGUGGGAUCCUUCCACCGGAAUUCUUUUCAUUCUGGUCAAAGUAUUCCAACACCUUCUAAGAGUACAAGUUCAGAUUCUGCCAUAUCUGCUUAUUCUGGUCAAAGUGUGCCAUCACAUUCUAAUGGUACAAGAUCAGAUCCUACCAUAUCUGCUGGUCAAGAAAUGCAAAGAACAAGUGAAAACCCCUCGGUUCAUGAAGAAGAGCAAAUGCAAAUUGAUAUUACAUCGCCUCCAUCUACUGAUCAAGUUUUGCAAUACACCCAAACUGCUGAAAUAAGUUCAUGUACUACUAGAAAGGUAAGAAGAGUUCGAGGAAGGAACAAAUGCAAAGAAGUUGCAUCACUUCAAGCUGGGGAGAAGCUGAAAGUAACAUUUUAUAAUAAUCGAACUGUUGGAAAGAAUAGCAGUAUAUUUUCGAGGCACUUGGGAAAAUUAGUUCGUGACCAAAGUAUGUGUCCUUUAGGAGUAUCAUCGUGGGAUGACAUUGAGGAAGAAAAGUUAAAUCACAUGUGGGCAGCUGUUGAGGAUAAAUUUGAGAGUGAUGAUACGGAUACUCAUCGCGAUCACAUCUUAGGAUGGAUGAAAGAAUUAUGGAACAAAUGGAGAGGACAAUUACAUGGAAAGUAUGUGAAAGGAAAGCCUAUCCAAGAGGCUCUUAAGAAUAUACCAGAGGGCAUAGACAAGAAACAAUGGGAGUGGUUGGUAAAAGAACAUUUUUCUACAGAAACUUUUCAGGCGAGAAGCAACAGGAACGCAGCAAACAGAGCUAAGUUGAAGAUGUUUCAUCGUAUUGGUAGCAAGCCUAUUCGAGAGGUUAUUUAUCAAAAGGGCGGAAAACAUGGCAACCCACCAGAUUUGGCAACUGUUUUCUUUGAGACUCGCAAGAAGGAUAACAAGCUUGUUGAAUCUGAGGCAAUUGAAAAACACGCUCAAAUCCAAGAAUUGGUGCAGUCCGAACCUUCUCUUCCUAGCAUAGAGAUAGUGGAAAAAUGCUUUGGACCUCAAAUUCGUAGCCAUGUAUUUGGCUUUGGGGGUGGAGUAAAAGCGAAAGACUUGAAAGGUGCCCCACCCUCAAAGACUGAAUUACUAUCUGAGUUACAUUCAACCCGAAAGGAAAACCAAUCUUUGAUGGAUCGCUUGUCUGCCGUUGAAAAUGAGAAAGACUCUACAGGUGGCGCUUCCUCAAAGACUGAAUUACUAUCCGAGUUACAUUCAACUCGAGAGGAAAACCAAUCCUUGAUGGAUCGCUUGUCUGCUGUAGAAAAUGAGAUGAAAGAACUGAAGCAGCUAAAAGAAUUGUUUUUGGCUCGAUAUUCUAAUGUCCAGCCUCCAACGUUACCCAUUUCAGGAGAAUGACAAUUUGAUGAACGUACCAAGUUUUGGAGACUGGUGUAUACAAGUCAGCAUGUAGGUUCUGAGACGUACGAGUUGACUAUCAUUUUGCUAGAAAUGUUUGGCAAACUUUAUAUUAUAGUCUAGGGAUGUUAGCGAUCUUUUGCUAUGGGUUGUAUAGACGAUAUUUUAACUUUCAUCUUGGAUGUACAGUGCCACAAAUGAGGUAGUAAUCGUUUUUUGUACUUAGUUAUUAUUAUAUAUUUAUAUACAUGUGAAAGCACUAUUUAUCUUA